AUGAUAAUAUCACAUCUCGUCGACAUCCUCCUCCUAGCUCUUACGGUGUCUGCGUGCUUUCCAAGUUCACGUAGGUUCAUGGAAAUCCGUUAGCGACCUUGUGUUUAUUUCUUAUUAGUUCAGUAUAGGUCAGUAUAUUUUAAGGGUAAUAGGUAAUUCCUCUGCAAAACCUAUUGAAAACUGUACAUGCAAUUAAUAUCAUAUCUAAAGUUUAUUUUCCAUGACGAUUUUUCAUAAAGCCUGCGCAAUUCCUUGCUGAAUAUCAAAAUUUAAUAAUUUACAAAAAUCCUACUUGGAACUCCUACAAUACAUCAGUGACUUUAGGGGAAGGUGAUACCAUGCUAACAGCACAGGUACUGGUCAAGACCACAUACACGCGUGUUCCGCUGAUGUUUUGCCGCUGCAUGGCGCAGCCGCGAGGGAUUCGGCCCGUUAGUAGGUCCCGCAGCAUUCCUUGUGCGUUUUUUGGUAGAUAAUCCAAUUUCGAAAUGUUUGCUCUUUAAUUUCCUCAUAAAUUAUCUAUGAAGUUGCGUAGAUCAGUUAAUUCAAGGUCUAUAGGCACAGAUCUACUCCAAUUUCGUGGAUAAUUUCUGAGGAAAUUGAAAAGCGACAACAUCAGUGACUGCUCAUACAAUGUCUUCUGUACUUUAGUACGAUCUAAUUGAGCACGAAUAUAACAAGACUGCGUAUAAGGCAGCUCGCCUAGCACGAGGAAGAUACACGCUUUGUUUGUUAUAAUGUGUUCUGCGUUUUGGAUCUCUGCAAAUGUUGGAUGAGUAUGACUGGUGACCUUACAUUUGCCAACGUAAACUCGGGUGUUUAUUUUCAGCAGAAUCUUAAAAUUCGACUUUGUUGCGCUCGCAACAUACUGAUAUAUCGUGUUUACUUAGCAGGGAGGAGGCAAAGCAUAAGACAAUAUUUGUCACAAAGGGGAAAAUUUAUCUUCGCCAACGAGAAAUAACUUACAUUAAGUGACGCACUCCACAAAAGGUUAACUCUAAUUUUAUAGUGUGAUCAUGAAGUGUCUUGGCGAGUACUGUAACAUGGAUUAGCAUCGAGUGUAAUUUCAAGUUAUUUCGGUUGCUCCAGGAUAUUGAUUUUUGCUUGCACGUUUCUUAAAUUAACUCCAAAAGUCAGACUAGCUUAAAUAUCCACAAAGUUCAUACUUAAUUCUUCCACCAAAGUUCGAUGUCGUCAUGCAUUCAAAACUAUCUAAUAUCAAUAAUGCGAAAAAUAGACCUUUUACAAUGAAGUCCAUUUUUCGCUACCAAAAAAUAUUCUGACAAUCCCAAACUGUCUUCAACCCGAUCUGUUGCCAUUUAAACGACACGGUGGGCAGUUUGUAUUUACGAAAACAUAUUGAAUGCUGCAAAAUUAGGCACAGCGCUCACAAUUAAUCGCCAUGUGAUAUUGUGAUAUUGUUUACAAAUAACCAAUACUGUAAAUUUAAACAACGUCCAUCUGCAACGAUUACAUAUAAAUCAGGUCAAAAAGAUUCAGAAUUUUCUAAAAAAUCUUAGAGGCAAAUAAAUAUGCAUAAACAAAUUUGUUUAAACCUGUUCUCAUCAGCCAUAUGUUGAGCUUAAAUACCCCGUCGAAAAUAUUCAAUUUUUAUGCGGGUAAAUGUGUAUCAAAUAAAAGCGUCUGUAAGACAUGCAGUCGAUUUUUUGCUGACCAAUAUCUCAGACAAUAUACACCGGUGCUGCGCCGUGGACUCAGCAUGGAAAUAGAGCAACCGAAUGCUGCACUUGUCGAACAAUGCAUCCGAGUGACAUCUUGCUGCCUAUAUAUAAGUCAUUCUGUCAAAGCCUCUAUGAAGCAUGUUUAUUUUUCGUGGAGCAUAUCAAUUUUAACAGACCAUCUAAGUAAAUGCAUGCCGCGAACGCUGUUAUGUACCUCUUAUCAAAAUUUUUAGUAAUUCUUUCUCAUUAGGCAGAAACGGGAGCAGGAAUCUUUUAGGGAAAAACCUCUUUAUUUGAGAAAACAGGAUAAGGGAUAUAGCAAAUGCAUAUGUAUUCAUUGUCAGAACACGCCGUGUGGUACACUGGUAACAGAUAAGGUUGUUUGGAAUGCCAAUUACUAAAAUGUUGACAUAUCAUAUGAAUAUAAAGAUUAUUAAAUGGACUUAAACUGGUUGUGUACUCACAUAUGAACGCUUUAUUUAGCUAAUAUAAACCCAAGGGAUCUGAUUGUCGAGGGUUUGAGUCCUACAUCCAUCAGGCUCUCAUGGAAGCCGCCCAAAGGGCCAACGAAUGGCACACCGGUUUACAACGUACGACUAGGAAGCAAAUUUAAGGCCAUGACCAAUGCCACAACAAUUAACAUUACUGAUCUUCAGCCAUCCACUGAAUACAAAUUCAGUGUGCUUACCAUAAUCAAGGGCUUUGACUUCGCCAUGCCCGGAAUUCAAGCAGUCGCAAGAACACCCGACUUGGGUAAUUUCCAAAUCUGUCUAUUGCUAACGUUCGGUCUACCGAUUCAUGAAAUUGCUGCAUAUUCAGACUGGAUACAUGUUCUUUAUUUACAAAUCAGUCAACUAACUCUAAACUAAAAGGAUAACAUGAUACGAGCUAUCAGUGUUAUUCAGUGGGCUGUCAGUUAAAGAGGCACAGUGCAGUUGAUUUUUUGUGUAAUUGAGUCGAUAUUAGAGAACUGGAGGAUAGAAACCAUGUGUCAUAUAGCAGACGAUUUCUGACAAAUUUUCGAGUAUAAAUCUAUUAAAGAUUUGCACGUGACCACCAUUGUGGGCCCCAGUCUUUGAAACUUUUGCCAUGUUUUAAAUGCAUGCAUGUCAUUAGCGUAAUCUUAUCAAUGGGUGCACCCGUUAAAACUGCUACAACAGUGACAUUUCACUAUUUACGAACCUCGGUGGUGUUGAAAUUUGGUACUUACAGUAGGUGUCUAACUCAUGAAAUGUCAACCGUUAACUAAGUAGGGUUUUUAAGCUCGUCUUUAAUAUUUCAGUAAGCUUAGGAUGCCGAAUUUAGAAUAAACUUCCUUUUGGCUGCAUGCAAAACCUACACGAUGCAAAAACGACUGCUCAAGUGACAUUAACUUUUUCACAUUGAUUUUCGAUGUCUCUAAAAGUCCAAUGGUAUUUUGUGGAAAACAUGCAUAAAAAUAUUCAUUCUUUUUCUCAUCCGACAGAAAACUACGUCUUCGUCUAAUAGUACACUGGAAAGAUGGACAUAAUUCGGUUUUCAAAAAAGGUUUCCGAUUCCCAAAUAAUUUUGCCCUCGCUCUACGGUCACACUUGUAUUUAGGGUUUCCAAACUACAAGCCGUUUACUUUCCGCCUACGGAAAACCAAACGUUUUCCUACGCUAAUAAAGUAGGACUAGGUAGAGUUAAAAAUUUAAGCAGUUGACUGGAUUCAUAUUGUAAACUUUACAAACCACAUUGGUAAAUACGGAGAUAUGAUGAUUUAUGAACGGCCAUUUCACGGUAUUUAAACGUCCCGCAGUUAGAAAGUUUUUAAAACCGAAUUAUGUCCCUCUUUCGAGUAUCAAAUUGAACAAAGACGGAAUUAUCUACCGAGUGAGUGAAAGAAUGAAUAUUUUUGUGCAUGCUUAUCAUAAAAUAUAAUUGGACUUUUAGGGGCAACAAAACUCAAUGAGAAAACUUCAUUCUACUUAGGAAGUCAUUUUUUACAGUGUAAAUUUGCAUGCAGCAGGAAGGAUGUUCAUUCGAAAGCGGGCAUCCUGAGAUAACUGAAAUAUUAUAAAAUUAUGUUGCAGGGUGAUGAGCUUUACAACCCUACUUAAUUAAUCUUUUUGGAACAAAAACGCGUUUCGGAAUUUCGGUUGACAUUUCAUGAGCUAGCCUGACCCUAAACCUAACCAGAAAAUUAGCUCUAAGUUGACUGAAAUUUGCCUCAAAGACAUUCGUGUCGGAGGCUCUGCCUGUUCCCAUGUCCUGUUUAAGGGGGCCUUAUAAAAUAACUGCAAUACCAUUUUUACGUUUGAAAUGAGGAUAAUCUAUCUAUUUUGCUAAACUCAAAAUGGCAAAGCCAACCUGAUUAGCCUUUUUAGUGCUUUAAGACAAUUUCAGCACAAUUAAUUAAGCGUACGUUUCAUCCAAAUGCGUAAAUAGGUAUUGACUUUUGACUUCACGAUGAACCCAGGUAUUACAGUAGUAUCCUUAACUUUUUUUUCCACGCCGGCCUGAAAAAGGGCUUCCUUGCGAGCCAUCUCUUUUGGCAGUCAUUAUCUGUCAUUAUUUUAAGUUAAUUGGCUGAUUAUCUGGUCACUUGUUUCCUCAGUUUCGCCCGCAAGAAAUUUCGCUCCGUUCAGGUGUCGUGAAAAUGAUUAAUUUGCGCAGACGAUAGGCACGAGGAUUCUGUGAAGGAGAUCGCGGUGCGUAGGAUAUUUUGGCCGCCUUGAGCUCGAAGGUGUUAUCGGGGACUCAAGACAGAGCCGCUAUCAUAGACAUGAAGCAAAAUUUACCGACCUGAUAAUCCCUACAACGCUGUCCAUUCCAGGAUCGGAAUUUCAGAUCACCGGGCUUGCAACAAUGUCGUCAGCUAAACCAGAUCGGAUAGAAUGAAUUCAGAUGUUCCUUGAAAAGUCACAAAAUCUCAAAGUCGCCAACACUCGGUGUCAUGGGCAACCUUUGUCUUGCGUGCAAACCACACUACAUGGGGUAGCUUAUUGUUCUUGGGAGGUUUUCUAACUGAAAGGGGAGGUCACGUUUUUGAAUGCACUUCUUGGUUUAACUGAACCAGUGGCAAUUUGUUUUCUUUACUUAUCAUUGUUAUUGCAGUGCAGUUCUCAUGUCUUAACGAGGUGGCCACUAGAUCGCUUGAGUUUAGUAGUUGAUGAAACGGUACAUUGGUGUAGACAGAAGGACAUGUGAGCAGGGGUAGUAUUCUGUCAAAUUCUACUUCUCUGCAGUCGGCAGUUGCCUUCGCUGAAUCUAAGGGUGUUCUAUCUAUCGCGAACUCCUUCCACCGGCUAUUCGUUAUUUAGAGCUAAUGCGUCGAUUUACAUCUUUGCAUCCCGAAAGAAAUCCCAUUCUCAAUUUAUCGGUUUCUUUCGUUUUUCACAGAACGUUUAACAACUUAAUAUUAAGUACAUGGCUUAGUAAAUUACCCGAUGUGCAGUAAGAAGGUAACCAAAUAUUCUUCCACGUGGCAACUCAUGAUUACGGUCGAAAAUCAUCUCCUGUCUUCUCUAUCCGUUUGCUAGCCCUUUUUCCAUCCACAAGAAGAGCUCGCGUUCUGGAAAGCAUUUUGCAUUGCAAUAAAAGAGAAAAGCUCAUGCUAGGAUAAGUACUAAUUCUGGACAGAUAAGUAUGGCAUUUUGGAAUUUUAGUAGGGGAUAAUAUAAAACUUUGAUUUAACUCGAAAUCCCACACCCAUACUGUUCGAUGCGCUCAGCGCCUAAAAAAGCCAACGCAUUUCCACGAGCUUUGAAUUUUUUGACCCGAGAAAGAAGUUAAUUAUUAAACUGGUGUCGUUAUGGGCGAUACAUUCACUUUAUUUUCAUUCUUACAUCUAGAUCUGAAUGGAGCCUAUUCUGCGUGUCACCCCUACUGGCUGUCCUUGUCUGCCGUUAAUUUUGCAGUCAUGUCGUGUUUGUAA